AUGUCAUCAUCAGAGAUCGAUGUUAAUGGAGAAAUCGACUUGAACCUGAAUGUUACUGGAAAAGGAGGAGGUCAAAUUGCCGUCAUUGUUAUUGGCGUUUUAGUUGCUGUAAUUUGUAUUAUGCUUAUUUUAUAUUUUUCUUGCAGAAAUGGGUGUAAAUGCUGCGACAACCUUUGCUGCAAAGGAAGAUGCCAUCAUAAUCAACAAAAAGCAAAGCAAAAAGAAGCUGAUGUCGACGGGUUAAAAAGACACAUAGAAGAUUUACAGCGACACAUUGGACGUCUGGAGUACCAAGUUCAAACAACGCAACCAGCGCUAGAAUAUCCUCUCGCGGGUUCAGGAUUUCAUCAGUUUCAGUCUCCGAUGAGUUCUGCUGUCUACGCCGGUCAAAAUCUUCAAGGGUUUCAGAACUUUACCCAGCCGCAAGGCCAGAUGCAGAUGCCUCAGAAUGCUCAAAAUGCUUAUAGUAGAACUUCGUCUCGAGCCGCUGGAUCAGACAAUUAUCUUAUUCAAACCCAACCCAAAAACUCCAAGAAAAAAAGCUCCAAAUCAAAACAAUCAAAGAAAAAAGCCUCUACUCACCAAAACAACAGAAUUGUCGAACUUCAAUCAUCAAAUUCAACCUCCUACCCACCUCCUACAGUCAAUAUCAGAAUGGAGCCAGAUCGCUUUGUUGAAGUGUAG